ACAGUUCCGCAGUAACAAGUGCUCCCAACGAGUCUAUUGAAGCCACCGAAAUCAGCAAUCAACAAACACCCAGCCAGCAGAAUGUUCAAGUUUGUGCUGUUCAGUGCCUGUUUGGUGGCUGCCGUCUGUGCCGCACCGGCCGAUAACAAACCGGGCCAGCAGGGCCGCACCGAUGGGCUGGACCAGGCUGAGUCGGCCUGGAACAACCCCAACGCCUGGAACGCGCAGAACACCUGGGGCCGGGAUCCGGCCGCCUGGAACCAUCCGUCGGCCACCAACACGUGGAACCACCCGAACGCCUGGAACCGUGGCUACAACAACCGUAAUGACAUGACCGCUGCACGAUCAGGUUACGAUCCCGCCAACCGUUGGGGCGCCGGUGCUGAUCAGUGGAACCGCUACGGGGCCGGUGCUGGCUGGAACAGCUGGGCUGGACGUGGUGCGGGUGCUGGAUGGCCGGCCGGUGCCGGAGCUGGUGCCAACCGCUGGAAUGCCUGGUAAAGUGGAUUUUUGAACCGGAAAAUCGGCGGUGGCAGAAGCUAGCGAUCAGACACGAUGAGCCAGUUUUGUGUGAGCGGGCCAUACUUCUUUAUACUCCCCUCGUAUUCACGUGUAAAAUAAAGUUUUCUAAGUGCACCAUG